AUGGCGACAGCACAGCCUCUUCCGCCCAUUUCCCUCCCCUUCCUGUCCUCUCGCCUCUCCUCCGGUGGCACCUCCUUCCGGUACCCCCUGCCCUCGCCCAACAUGGCGGCAGCACAGCCUCUUCCGCCCUUCCCCACCCCUUCCUGUCCUCUUCCCUCUCCUCCGGUGGCACCUCCUUCCGGUACCUCUGCCCUCGCACAACAUGGCGGCAGCACAGCCUCUUCCGCCCUUCCCCACCCCUUCCUGUCCUCUUGCCUCUCCUCCGGUGGCACCUCCUUCCGGUACCUCUGCCCUCGCGCAACAUGGCGGCAGCACAGCCUCUUCCGCCCUUCCGUGCUAGGAGUGCAGAAAAAGGUGAAACUUCCACGAAAAGGAGAGGAGGAGUGUGUGAGUGAGUGAGUGAGUGAGAGUGAGACAGGGAGCAUCCUAGUAGAGAUGGAAGGCGAACCGAAGGGUCAUCUAGUCCAACCCUCUGCAAAGAAGCUCAGAGCUACAAUUCCCAGGUCUUCUUUGGGAAUUCUAUGGGAAGUAAGAGUUUCCAUAUUCAUGAGCUUUCACUUAGAGUGCGCUCAUGUUUUUACCUUUUACUGAAAGCGGUCACAAGUGACUUGGGUGGAGUAUAAAUAAUAAAAUUAUAUUGCUCCUGCUGCUGUUCUUCUCUUAGCUUAACUCAAAUCCAACCCAAUACCAAACCUUAAUCCUAAUGCUCACCCUAACUCAAACCCAAUCACCCAAAAAUCGCAGAGUGACAUGUUUAUUAUCAGCCCAAACCAAGCAUAGGUGUUUUGGUUCCAUCUCAAUAGAAAGAGGACGAAUAAGCUUGGAUUGUUCUUUCGGUGUUCAGUCCCCACAAAUAGCAAAGCAAAGUGUAAUAAGCCUAAACAAAGCCAAACAGGUUGUUUUGGGUUGCAGCAACAUAGAAAGAAGAAUCUUGGAUUUUGCUUAUUUCGUGUUCUUUGGUGUUAAUGCACAUUGACCCAGAAAUCGCAAAGUGUGUGUAAUGAGACCAAAAUAACACCACAUUGUCUUUUCGCUUCCAUACGCGUAGAAAGAAGACAAAUAAGCUUUGAUUGUGCUUAUUUCUUUUCGCAUGGUGUUUUUUGGGUGUGCACCAGAAUCACCCCCAACGAAAGCAAAAAGGUCUUUUGGGUUCCAUCUACAUAAAAAGAAGAUGAUAAAGCUCUGAUUGGGCUUAUUUCAAAUUGGUGUUUUUGGGGUUAGAAUGCACAUUCACCCAAAAAUCGCAGAGUGACAUGUUUGUUAUCAGCCCAAACCAAGCAUAGGUGUUUUGGUUCCAUCUCAAUAGAAAGAGGACGAAUAAGCUUGCAUUGUUCUUUCGGUGUUCAGUCCCCCACAAAUAGCAAAGCGAAGUGUAAUAAGCCUAAACAAAGCCAAACAGGUUGUUUUGGGUUACAGCUACAUAGAACGAAGAAUCUUUGAUUUCGUGUAUUUCAAGUCGUGUUCUUUGGUGUUAAUGCACAUUGACCCAGAAUCGCAAAGUGUGGGUAAUGAGACCAAAAUAACACAACAUUGUCUUUUCGCUUCCAUAUGCCUAGAAAGAAGACAAAUAAGCUUUGAUUGUGCUUAUUUCAAUUCGCAUGGGGUUUUAUGGGUGUGCACCAGAAUCACCCCCAACCAAAGCGAAAAGUUCUUUUGGGUUCCAUCUACAUAAGAAGAAGAUGAUAAAGCUCUGUUUGGGCUUAUUUCAAAUUGGUGUUUUUGGGGUUAGAAUGCACAUUCACCCAAAAAUCGCAGAUGAUAACAGUAGGUAAUUUAUUUAUUAUUUAUUAUUUACAGAAAUAUGGGAGCUACCCCCACUCUGUUGUCUCACCCAUCUUUCAGCACUGAUAUUUCCUCCCUCUGACCCAGAUUUGGCUUUCAUCAGGUAUCAAAAAACCUGAAGCAUUUUUAUUAGGCAUUGUAGGAACUGAUAUAAAUAGAAGUGAUUGUAAGUUGUUUUUGUAUGCAAUGACGGCAGCACGAAUUUUAUUGGCACAAAAAUGGAAGCAAGAAGAAUUACCGGCGAAAGAAGAGUGGAGGAUGAAACUGAUGGACUAUGCAGAACUGGACAAAUUAACGGGAAGAAUCCGAAACCAGCGGGACCAGAGAUUUACAGAAGAUUGGCGUAAAUUUACGGACUAUAUGAAAAGUAAUUGUGAUGACUCGAUUACAUUUGUAGGUUUGCAGGAAGUUUUGUAAGGGGAAUAAUUUGAAUUAUUGCCUUAUUGAAUGAAAGGGAUGAUAUCGGUUAUGAGGUUAAAGGUAAUAUAAAUUUAAGAAAUGCAGGAGAAAUCUUAAAGACGGGAGAUCAUCAGAGGAGCUAACGGAAGUCCAAAAGAUUGUAUAAGAGUUGGAAAUUUGUAAAAUGUAUGACAAUAUAAAUGUGUUUAAAACGAAU